CUGUGCAGUUCGCCUCUAUGGUAACGCGGAUAUAAAAUGGAGCCUUUACCUGCUUCAUAUUAUGGAGCUUUAGAUCAAUCUAACCCUGUUAUUGCCGCAUUUGAGAAGGAUUUAAAAGAGUUUAAAUCGUAUAUGAGAAGAAUUCGUGAUUCUCUAACUUUCGACCACUUUUCUUAUUCAAGAGGGUCUUUGAAACUGUUUGACAUCUGGAGGAAAUAUGAACCUCGUCUCCCUGGACCUUAUUAUGAAGAGCAUCUGCUGGACAUUGCAGAUUUUCUUUUCGAGAAUAAAUUUUACAGAUUGGCACUGUGGCAGGGAUACACACGCUACCUACAGCGGUUCUCCCCUGCUAGCUUGGAGAACAUCAGAAAUGUGGAGCAACUCAAGCAGGCCUUCUUCCCACAUGGCUUUCAUACUGCAGGAGCAAAGCUUACGCUCCGUGCUCUGUAUGGCGAAUGCUUGUGUGCUUUCUACUUGGAACGCGAGAGGUGCAAGCAGCCAGAUUGCAUCGGGAUGCAGAAACUUCUUAGCGUUCUCGCGUUUUUGCGCAUCACGAUGCAGGCCAUCCUGCCCCAUGAGAGCCUGUGCUGGAUGUUGUACAAUGGUUCUUUGUACAUCUAUAGCAUAUGUAGGUUCUUGAUGUCCGUGAGUCACUCUGCACAGGCUCUGGAGUAUUUACUAUGGGCAUGUGUGUGUCUGGAGACAUCCAUCCCACUGCUCAUUCCCAGUUUCCUGCCCUGGAGAGCCACACUCUACUGCAGUGUUUGUGAAUGUUACUAUGAUGGCCAGGCUGCUGUGCAGGCAGAGGUGUUUGCUAGACGAGCUCUUGGUAAAAUAGAUGAACUAGGGAAGCUGGAGAAGUUGAGUGGGUUCCCAUCAUCGCCGGAUACAACGCGAGCCUUUAAAGACGCCACCAUCAAAGUUGCAGUCAUGGUGUUUAAACGCUCAGUGUAUGAAUCUCGGAGGAAACCUAAAGGAUUUUUCAGGUUGAAACAGAAGGCCAGUCUCAGGGAUGGCCAGAAUAAUCCAUGGCCACGUACAACAACUGAGCGCAUCCUGAUGGAGCUGUUUGAGGGAAAUGCUGCUCAGUUCCUGGCGGUGUUGGAGGCUCUGUGGGACAGUUCCCGCAGACCCCUGCAGACUGGCACACCGGAUGACCCCGAUAUACAGGAGGUGGCAUUCGAGCUCAUGUCAGCUGGCGUCAGCAUACUAUCCGGAAAUGGCGGCUCCUCCGAUCGAGUCCGCAAUGACAGCCUGCCUUUGUCUCUGAAUGCCCUCACUCCGACUUGCACCCUCAUGGAGAUGGCAGUAGCUGGGGAGAAUCAGAUUUCAGUGGAUGCUGCAGUGAAGUUUGUGAAGCUGCUGUUUAGAUAUGAGCAGUGGGACGUGUUUUGCAGUCUUUCAGACAAUCUUGUGACAGUAGUGUCUAGCCUGGAAGGUCGUCUCUUCCGGAAGGCUGAGUUGGAGCUUACUCUGCUGGAAGCCAUGGAGCGUCUCAUGUCCACUCAAAGGGUUCGGUCUCUGGGGACCAAAGACCUCAUGGCUGAGGUUCAAACUGAUAAAGACCAAUCUUCAGGGCUAAUUAGCAUGACAGAAGAGCUCCUAAAUCUGGUCCAGACUCUGCAUGUGUGCGUGUGUGAGGCAGCCCAGGAUAUCAGACCGGAUGAGGACCUGGUGCUGGAUAUUGUACUGUUCCUCUGGGCGAAAUGUAAGCCUGUGUUUCAGAGAGCUCAGGCCAGACACUAUGACCCAGUAUGCUACAUGGCCAAAAUGGCUUUUCCAGAAAAGUGGGUCCAGACUCUGUUCCUUCUGUGUGAGGUGGCCUUUAUGUGUCAGCUGGCUGAUAUAGACCCGGUGGCAGUGGCUGAGAUGACUCUUAGACUGGCCUCAGUGCUGGAGGGCAGUGCAGACUCGCCUCCACUGACCAUCCCAACAAAAGACUCAAAUGAAGGCAGCAGUCUGCAGUCCACGCCUGUAGAGAAACCUACAGCCACGCCUACUGUGAACUCACAAGCUGAGCAUCUUGAGAUGGUGUGGACUGUGCUGGAGAAAGGCCUGGAGUGUGUGUCAAGAGGCAGGACUGUAUGUCUCCCUCGUGAUGCCUCUGCCAUCUCUGACACUGUGUACCUACAGAAGGUUAGUGGAGAACAUUUGAGAUCUUCUGGGGAUGGACAGAUUGAGACCACUAGCAGUUCACGCAUGAGAGCUCUCUCAAUGGAUAUGCAUAUGGAACUGCUGGCUUUCCAGCACAGAGUAUCCCUCAAACUCCUAGACGCCUACCCAGAUGAUGAGAAUCUUGAGGGGAGAAAGAGGCCACUUACGCAGAGUGCACAAGGACAGUCUACUGCUGUACAUUCAAAGAAAGCCAGAGCAGAAUGUGCACUGCAAGAGAAGAUUAAGAAGAAUAAAAUCUCCAAAGUUUUGUUUCUGGUGCAGAAGGCCUUACUUUCCUACAAGAAAGAUGCUACUAACAGAGGCACCAAAAAGCUGCUUGAGGAAGCUUUGGCUUUACUGGAGAAAGCAGGUGUUGAGGAGAAGCGGCUGGUCAGUGCUGCUGCUUCUGCAGAGAUGGGAUCAGGAGUGGAAGAAGGGUGUAGACCUCCUCCACCUCCUGUGCUGCUGGCACGUAGCAACCGAUCUCUAACUUUCACGCCAGCACCAUACGUGCUGGAGGAGCAGGUUUGCUGGUACCGUAUUUAUGGUAGAGAAGUCGAAGGUGUCAACCUGAAAGUGCGGAUUGGAGACUGCCACCUGGUUGGCACUGGUGAAACGAUUCCUUCUAGAGGAGAACGCUUGUUUUGCAUAACUGGCCUGGAGCCCAACCAGAAGUAUAUCUUUGCUGUGGCAGCCUACGACACUCAGGGCAAUCUGAUCGGAAGCAGUAUUGGAGAUACCACCAGGCCGGUGCUAGCUUCCCUCCCUCUUCCUCUGUUGACCGCCUGGGCACAUCUGGCUCAGGUGGCCUACCAAACAGGCCAGUAUGCACUAGCGAAGAAAGCCUGCAGUGAGAUUUGGAGCCACUUUACCCUCCCGCCCGUCGCAGACUCUGGAGCCUGUCAGGAAUCAGUGGAUGAGGAAGCUCCCGAGGGGCUCGCCCAGACGAAAUUGUGCCCAGAGACAUUGCAGCUCUCAUCUCCUCUUCUGCAGCAGCUUUUCCUCACCUCAAUCUUUAUGCAGACAGACAUCCACAUCCAGCAGAGAGCACUGUACUGUGACUCCCUCAGUGAUGGAAGCCCUUUGAUCUGGGGACAGGAGGCUAGACUUGUAGAGUGUGAGAGGAUGCUUGUGGCCAUAGAUCUGUCUCUACAUCUCAAUGACAGCAGUGCUGCCUUGCAGGCUGUGGUGAGCUGCUAUGGCCUCCUGGCACCUCUUAUCUUCUAUCAGAUCCCAUCAGACCCUGUGGUUCAGGUGCUGUUGAAGUGUCUGAUGGUGCUGCAGGAGAUUCCAGCUGCACUCAAACAGAAAAGGCCUGUGGCUACUACUGAAUCACUGUAUCAUAUGGUGGCCUGCAUCACACACUAUGUAGCCAAGGGCUUGCGAGCCUUGAAAGAGGACUGUAUGGCAUCUUCAGUGAUGGAACAGGGCAAGCAGCUCCUACUGGAGAUGAGCGAGAGUCUCCAGCAGCAUGACAAGAUACAGAAACACAAGAAGAAGUCAGUGGCUGCACAGGAGGGUGAACCUAGUGAGGAGCUGAAGGCUUUGACAUGUAGUGCUUUGAAGCAGCAUGAAAAAAUAGGAACAGUUGUAAACUGUGAUAAACCAGUCAGGAAGAGAGAAGGUAGAAAACCCAGAGAGAAGGGUCAUUCUGUCAUUCAGUCAAAUCAGGCCGCAGCAGAUGGUUUUGAUCAGGACCUCAGUGGAGAAGAGAACCGCAAAAUUCUGUACAAGGUCAUUGGUUCCAGCUCCCUCAGGAAUGCCUUCAGAACCGUGAUGAAGUUUAAACAGAUGUCUUGCUUCAUGGAGUUUGCUGCACUCCUGCUGCAGAAAGCUUUGCAAGAGGAUCAGUUGGAACUGCUAAUACAGUGGGGACGAGAAAUCUUCAGCUGGAUUAAGAGCCGAGAUGAAAGUUUGAUGUUGCCAAAGAAGCCUUACAGGAAAUUAAGGAAAGAUCAGAAGACGUUCACAUCAUCUGUCAUACAGUACUGUAAUAAAGUAAACAGAGUUUAUAAAAAGAAGAAUGAGUUGCAGAAGAAGAUUUCCAGCUCAGAAGACUGUGAGAAAGAGGUCAAGCCGGUGGAGACAAUGAUGAAACAGGGGGGUUCAGUGAGAAGGCACCAGCGGCGGAGGGUGAUGAGGCAGGUCUGCUCAGACGAGUUGCCCUGGCGAUGCCGUGCCAACCUGACGCUGGCUCAAGCACACCUGGUUCUGCUGAGCAAGAACUUAAAACUUCAUGUUGUAACACCUCUCGAGCUCUGUUACAGCAAGUUUUCUCUGCGCUUCUUCUCCUUGGCACAUACUGGAACACUGGUGAAAUGGAAUAAUAUUUCCCAACACACCAAACCUCCUGAGUUGAGCCCUUCAAUCCUCAAAGCCACCAUUCACAAAGCCAAGGAUACCAGUCAGGGAGCACCAGAUAUGAGUGGAGAGGGGUCUGGGGAAAGUGAAGCGGAGAGUGAGCUGGACACUCCACGCACACAACUGACCAGUGAUUCAGAAGGCAGUAAAACACCUGAAACUUCUAGACGCCACAUCCUCUUUAAGCCACUGGACACAAUCAACAAGGCGUCAGUACACCUCAGGAGAGCCAUGGUCUUGGCCUAUCGUGGAAGACUUUGGACAUCUCUGCAGUGGGUGUGUGAGAUCCUUUGGGACCAGUUCAACGCUAUUGCAUUUCUGGUGGAGUGUAGCCCGAGCUCUGAGACUCCCAGAACACUGACGCUGGAUCAGUUCUACACAGUGUUCACACCCCUGCUGGCUCUGGCUUCAGAGCUGCUCAUGGACAUGAUGGAGAAACUGCAGCAGUGGAAGGUGUAUGAUGAGGAAGGUGAAGAGCUGGAGGCCAGGCCUCUGAAUGAUGGAGCGCUGGUAGAUCUGAAGUGGAUGAGGAAUUUGGUGUUGCACACACUGGAGCUCCUCUUCUACCAGGCCAAAUGGGAAAAACUUGCUCAUCUUGCCUUGCUAUACAACUUUUAUACACAGGAACAUUACACUCAUAUGAUAACCCCUGUACUGGUAUAUGCUCAGAGAAGACUGCUGGAAAGAAUAAGCUACUUUGGAGGCCCUUCAGUCCCUCAGCCACACUUCACCUACACAGAGAUGGUCACUGGAGAAAAGGUGACCUGUAGGAAUUAUGCACACAAGCAGCUGCUCUUAAGUUCCAGUAUGGAGAGUUGGUGUGAGAGUACAGCAAGCAGUGCUGCCUCAGAACCUCUGGAGGUGGCAGAGAGGAAAAGAGCCAUGUGUGUGGUCUCUGUACCGCUGGACAUUGAUGACACACUGCGUUGUUUCAGAGAGUCCCUGACCAAGAAACGUCACACACUUCGUGCCUUCCAGCACAGCCGCACACUGAUCAUGGUUCUACUAGCUGACACACAGCACUCAAUAGAGGUGCCAUUCUGUAAGGAGUCGUGUCAUGGCUCACAGGGCAGAGUGGAGUUUAACAUAGCAGCCAGCACUGCCCCAUCCAUCGGUCCUCCAGACCUGUCCAAGGAAGACUUCAACUCUGUGGGCUCUGUGUACAGCUCGCCCCUAUCUCCCUCGCACAUCCAGACCGUCCUCUCCUCCUAUAGCAGCUCUAUCAAAUACCUUCAGGCAAAUAAUUAUAACUCACUGCAAGUUCAAGCUCUGCAUGACCUUGGGAACCUGCAUUUCUAUAUUGGAAAUCCAAAGGCUGCUCUCUCACAUUGGAGCAAGGCUCUGGACUGCUCCCUGCAGACCACAAAUGUGCUACAGUCCUGGGAUGGUGAUUCAUGGGGCCAUAACUCCUCUCAACAGCCCCUGAGGCAUGCUGGGAUAUGGGGCUGUUUCCAGGGUGCAUUGUUGUCUGCUAAGAUUGCUCAGUAUAUCUUAACAUCUAAUAUAAGCCAACGAACAAACUGCUGCCUUCUCUCCGCAAAGCUCUUUAAGUGUCUGUUGAGGGCGUCCCUGCCUCAUCCUGAAAAUGAUUUGGAAUACGCUUCUUACACGCUGAAUACGGAGCUCAUCCCUGGGGUUAAUAUCUUCUCAGAGUCGGACCAGACUCUCGUCGGUUGCACUGUGGCCAGCCUGGGCUUUCUGUGUCACUGGCUCUACACCUCAGGACAUCAGCUCUCAGCACUUCCUCUUCUGGCUCUUUACCAAUAUGUAGUCAGCAAAGUGUGUAGGCACCCCCAUCUCACUGCAGGAUGCAGAAUACUGAAGGUAAAGAUGUUGACUGAGCUGCGCCUGUUUGCCGAGGCAGUGAAAGAGAUGCACAGUGUCAGUGAUGGAGAGGAAGUCCCCAUGCCUCACAACAGCUACACUAGAGCAGAGAAAGCUUCGACAUGGAAGAAGUUCAGUAAUUAUAAACCUCUCACGGAUCCUUGUAAUCUUGAGGUUCUGGAGGAGCUGGUGAACAAGAGACCUGGUGAAGACUUCAUGGCUUUGUAUGGAACCAAACUGACCUGCCGACUCCAUCUGGCCAGACUUCAGCUCAUCUUGGCCAUGUGUAGUACGAUUCAUGACCUACCUGAGCCAUUUACAGAGGUUUUGGAGACACAGGUGAGGAGCUCCAUUACCCCCAGCCUGCGCGACUCCAGCAGUGACGGGUCUCCCAGCAGCCCCUCCAUGACGAAUGAGGAGCCCAAAGACCUCCAGCUCCAGCUCCAAAAAGACACACUUACUCCAGGACAAGUCAAGGCUCUGCUACUGAAAGAGAUCUUCAGCCAGCUCAAUUCUGAGCUAUUUGCCCUUCAGCACAUCCAUACAGACCCUGAGGAGCUGGAGCUGGCUGUGGAGAUCAGACUGCUGCUGUCCAGUCUCAACCUGCAGCAGGGAAAAGCUGCCUCCAGUGCAGAUCAAGCGGCGUCUGCUCUCAGGUUACUGCAGGACUCUCCCUUGCUCCAGAAUGAGAGUAUCCAACAACUGCCACCCAGAUGCCCUUCUUCUGUGCUUAAGCAGUCCAGUACCAGAGCCGAACAUGAGCAGCUGUAUGAGCCAAAGGCAGAUACCGGGCCUCAGCUAGGGGACAUGCCCGCUGCAGUGGAAGCUUUAGAGCGCAUGGGUCGCUCACUAUGGCUCCGCUGCACACUGGCUGUGGUCCAGAGCCUCACUGCUCACAUCCCUGGCACUGUCAUCUACCCAGGUGUGGACAGCAGUGCGGAGGCGGACAGAUUGAUAAAACAAGGCCUAGCUGAGGCUGAGGCCUGGGGAGACCCAGACACUCAGGCCCUGCUGCUCCUGCAGGAGGUUGCGCUGAACACACACUGUGGUCGAGCGCCGGAGGAGAACGCCUCCAUACUGCAGGAGGCAGUAAGUCUGCUGUCUGGCCGUAAUACCCUUUCUCUGCAUUCUGGUCUGUCCCUUGCUAAGGCCACUCUGCUGCUGAGUGAACUGAGGGGCUCAGAUGGUCAGCCGCUUUACUUGCUCACUCAGAAACUACUGCAGCAGCAGCUGAAGACACUGGGGGAGUGUGGAGUGCAGAAGGCACUGGGAGAACUGGGGCCGCUCUCCACUCCAGCCUGGAGGAACAUUUACCGCCCACAGCUCCCUCUACUGGCCAGGACAACUAUGCGCUUGGGUCAGUGUUUGGCCCUGCAGGCCAUGGUGAGCUCAUCAGAAGAGGAUGAACAACGCUCGAAUCUGUGGUUAUUGGCUCAGGAGGAGCUACAUUCUGCACUCAUCAUCUCACGGGCCUCGGCUAGCAGGGACCCCCAGCUGGAGGCUGAUAUCCUGUACCUCAAAGGAACUGUGGGGAGGAUCCGGAUGUCACUAGGCACACUCAGACACCAGGCAGUGGUAGAAACCUUCCUGGAGAGCAUCACACUGACUCAUUCUCACAGCCACAGUCUUCAGUUGAUCCACAUGUGCUAUAUGGAGAUGGCUCUAAUAUACCUACAGCAGUGGCAAAAUACCACCACUGACCUUCCGAAACCUGCUGAAUCUGACGAGUGCUCAGACUGGACUCAUGUGCCACAGAGUCACUUACUUCUUUUCUGGGUGUGUCUGAGAGCCGCUGCAAGGACAAUGGAAGUGUUCACAAAUCAUGGCCAGUUGUGUGGCAUCACUACAGCAACAGAAGGCCCACUUCCUCUUACAUCUCUCAAAGCUCUUGCUGAUUUUGCCUCCAAUGAUCUACUCAGUCCUUGCGGUGGGAUGGAGGAGCCCGUGUUAGUUCACCCCAGUUCUGCUCCAGAUAUGGACAGUGAGCUGAAAGUCGAGAGAUGCCCUGAGAUCACCUGGGUGCACCUCUCCCGCUACUAUACACACCUGCUCAAUCUGAGGCACAUCUCCACACACCCAAUGGCAGGGCAGUGUGUGGAGGAGUUUAUGUCUCCAGCUGGUGAUUCGAAUUUAACUCUCAGACUCACUCAGUUACACACCUUCUUCAGUGAUCACCUAGCAGCUUACAAAGAGAAGUGUGUUAUACCUGAUCCUCCAUCUGCCCUCAUUCUGGAGCCUCAGAAUAUACAGGUUCAUCAUCCCCAGCAGAUGGUGUCAGACCUGUAUCCAUGGGCCACACUGAACACACACCAGCUCUGCGUUCAGUGGCAUCGACCCACGCUGACAAGCAGUGGACUAGCAGGCAAAACGAUAAUGCUGGUCUUUGCGCUGAAUAAAGCACCGAUGUCUGACACGCAGCCCAACAUGCCGGCUGCCGCUGACAUACAGGCUGGACACAGACUUAUCUCUACAGACAGUUUGAAAGCGAUCCAUGCCCAGCUGAUCUCAGUGUGUGUGGAGGCUGAGGUGGAUCUGAGUGUGUCUGCCUCUACACCCAGCAUGACCACCUCUGUCAGCUGCAUACAGGAGAACAAACAUGGCAGCAGGACCCCUGUUAAAGCCAGUACCAGCACACAGCAACAGAUGCUGCUGGAGAAAACCAGGCAUAUCUGUACUGAGAUAAGAAAUCUGCUGAAGCCUGAUUUAAAAGCAAAUCCUAUCACAAAGGUACCUUUUGAGCCAAGUGUACAGAUCUUGUGCGACCUGGAGCGCUGCUUUAACCCUGCAUCAGGAGCCACUUUGGAGGACAGAGCACUAAGUGACUGGCUCUUCUCUCUCCUCACCUGACACUACAACAACUCAAAGACACCAAAGUGGCAGCUGUCUUAAAGGAAUACGCCAGUGUUUUUCAAACUAAUCUCUAGCUACUAGAUCAUAAGCAUGUGUGUGAUUAUCAUAGAUAUUCAACAAAUUUCCCUACACUGGGAAAAAAAAACCCUGAAAACCAGUUUUCAUCUAGAAAUGUUUUGAGUAAAGAGCUUUUCUGUUUACUCCUUUUCUCGGUACAGGGAAACAUCAAAAUAUUUGAAUGUGGUAGUCAACCAUAUAGUUAAAAAAAUUCUAGAGAAUUCCUUUAAGAUUCCUUUAAAAUCUUACAUAAUAUACACUGAAAUCGAAUGCCAUGUUUGCCAAAUAAAUAGGAAAUUAUUCACAA